AAGUCAGUCAUUUGUACAGUGUCAUCAAAGCACAUGCUUUAUGCCUGGGACCUGCAGGAAGGCACUAUGAUCUGGUCCAGCCCCACCCAGCAGUCGAGCAUCACGCGUCUGGCGACCCUCCCUCAGAUGCAUCUUGCGUUCACUGCAGAUUUGGAGGGAACAGUCAAAGUGUGGAAUUGUCAGGAUGCGGAAGCCCUGGCUACUCUCACCAUGCCACAGGCCUGUUUUUCCAUGGAAAUCUGUCUCACAAAAGAUGGCCCCUUCCUGAUGGUAGGCAACUCUGAAGGUGACAUGUACACACUGACCGUGCCGGAGCUAAGGCAUGUGUCUAAAGUCAAUGCAUUCAAAUACAGUGUUGACCUCCUACACUGCUCUCCCGACAAGAAAUGGAUCUUUGCAUCUGGGACACAUCAGAAUAUCUUGCCAGUGGUGUUCCUCACAGAGAGCUUGCUGACACCGGCAGAAGGCAAAAGCCCUCUGUCCCUCUCUAUCCCGUAUUCAUCAUGCUGCAGGGCCUGCUGGGCCCCAAGGAGGCCAAGCAGGAUAACAGUGAUGUAUCGAAGAGGCUCUUUCAGAAAGACCGGAUUUACCACCUUCGAGCUAACGGCUGAGAGGACGGGGGACAGAACAGACAUCCAAGCCCACCAGGUUGCAGCUUUCCUGUUGCCGCCGCACAUGGAGAGUCCUGUGUGGAUGGGCGUCGGAGACGGAAAUGUGAUCGUCUUUGAGAGCGGGCCGGCCUUAUUCCUGUUCACCAUCAGUGGCCACCUGCUGCAGAGAUUUGAGGACCACCAGAGGACCAUCGGCAACUUAUGGGUGGAUUCUGUGCACGUCCUCAGCAUGUCCAUGGAUGACUCUCUGCAUUUGUACAUGUGGGAAGAGGAAGGCCGUUACCCAUACCUCAAGAGCUGCUGUCACCUGGAGCACGUGGGCAGGGACUCGGCGCCGAGCUGCUAUGUCUCCAAAGCAAUAUGCGAUAACAUGAGCAUCGUAUGUGUGGUGUCGAGACUUCGGGAAUCCAGCAUUCUGGUGAUGUAUUCUUUGCGUAUGUAAUGUGGAAACUAAUGGAAUUAACCUCACAUCAUCUCUCUCAAUGUAGUAAAGAGAAUUCUGUUUGUAA